UUCAGAGACAAAAAGCGUGAGCGAGCGUAUCAGCCGAGCUUAGCAACCAACAUGUUGUGACAAGCGUGUGUUUUCAAUCCAAUCGGAAACGGAUUUUGCUGAAACUUUCAUCAUCGUCAGUUGAACCCAAAAUGAAAAUCGCGAACCCUUUGCCAAUGCGUAAAUGUACGUCUAUGUUAGCAGUCGUUUUCAACAUCAUCUUCCCGUGUUGUUUCCUUUUUGGACUUGUUUGGACAUUGAUCGACGGUCAAAAGAAGUCGGAGACACCGUCGGGACAAGAUGGACAGGAUUCAUCUGUUUGCACGGGGGACCUUCUCGAUCAGCGUCAUUAUCAUUACGAAAAAGAAACUGAUGGCAGUUAUCGAUUCACGUCUGAUCAGAGUGGAUCGUGUCGACUUGUCCAGUACACAACUGACCGCGUAGUGUCGUGCAUUGAUUCGCUUCAUUAUGCAAAGCAGUUGGCUAGCAAUGGCAGUAGCAAUAGCCCACUAUUCUUUAUAUUUUUGGGCGAUUCGAGAGUACGUCAACAGUAUAUUAAUUUUGUCAGGCUGAUUCCAGACUAUGAUCACGAAAUGCAUCCCAUGCGAGAUAUGUAUAAAUUUCACGGUGAGGUGGAAAUCAGGAGCAACAUCCUCAGAUUGCGAAUGGCGUUUAAAUGGCGACCCUUCGUUGAUGAUAAUGUCACCGAGGCGGUACAUCGAUGGGUAACUUCCGACCCAACUGAACGGCCCCAUGUCGUGUUUCUCGGUAUGGCACUUCACCAUAUGAAGCCAAUAAACGGGACCAAUCAUCAAAUUUAUCAGAAAAAAUUAAAGGAAUUAGCUCCAGAGUUAGGCCGAUUGGCCAAUGUCACUCACGUGAUUUGGCUCAAUCAAUAUUCGAUCGACGAAACAUUCAAAACUGGUGCUGGACAGUUGAGAUAUCACACAGAGAAAUUGCACAACUACAACAAAGCAGCUCGGCGAGUGUUCAGGAAUGAAAACAAGCACAUUCGCAUUUGGGAUUCGAAAGAUCCCCUCGUAGACGAGUACAUCCGCUCGUGUUUCGUCCUAAAGCGCAAUGAGGUUCUUCAUCCCGCCAAACGACCUUACCUGUUCCAAGAGACUUUCUACGAGAAUUGCAGAGACUCUAUUCACACGGGUUCUUCAGCCCUUUUGCUAGCUACUAAUCUUUUCUAUAAUGACAUCUGUAAUAAUGCGAUGAACUUUUUCUGAUUCCUCGUUUCACCCAUUCACCAAAAUGCUUGAGAGCUUUUGUUACCAGUACACAAACAGGCCAUUCAUUCGUCAGAAACAACAAAUCGAUUUUAUUAUUUGUUUCUAUUUUUUUA